GGUUAGUACUCGAAGUAUGACCAUCAUGCUGCCACCGGCAGUACUAUCACUAGGUACACACUUGCGUAGAGGAGAUGCAAGUGUCUAGUAGUUGGAGGAUCGCCCGCACCACUGCAUGCUCCAAGGGCUAGCAACUGGAAACGAACAUUCGACCGAGGAUCUGAAAUGGUUCUAACCGAAGUCACUCAGCAAGUCGGGGUUCAAGUUGUUUGGCCUCUGCCGGGAGUAGUGUUAGUGCGACGUUUCAUCGGCAUAUCCCCUGCCUCUCCCUCAUCCCUCUUUUUAGGCUGCUCUUUCCUCUUUUCUUGUCUUUCUGUGUCUACUUGCAAUCCAAUCCCCUCCCACGAACGCACACGCACACGCGCUUGGCAUCACUACAGUCAAACGAUAUUACAGACACUCUCCUGGUAUUUGAUUCCCUCUUGCACCGACAAGCAAGACUUCCGUCGCGUCGAAAGAGGACCCCUCAAUUGAAACGCGCGCCUUCCUUCCCUCACUCGAGUAGUCACUUGACUUGCAUCAUCGCAGCGAGUGAUAAUACAACACUUGAACACUUGUUCGCGACACCGUCCACUACUCUGCCGUCAGAAAUAGCCCCGUCGACGAACUGAAUACCGGUUCUAAAGUUAGUAGUCGACAAUGCAAACCCGAACCCUCAUUGGCGUCGGCGGCGUCCUGGGCCUCGCCACCCUCGCACUCACCCAACUGUCCAUCCAGUCUCAGGACCGUCAAUAUAAGAAAACCCUGCAGUAUAUGCAUGAGGGGAGGGACCGGAUUAAAGAGCGGAUGAAUGAGAUGAGUUCUGGCAGUUCGAGUGGGAAGAAGUGAGGUCCUCAAGACGAAGGCCGGAAUACUGGAUCCUACAUGAACGGUCUCGCGUAUACGUCUGAAGGAUGCGAUGCUGAGGGAGUGGACAGGGAGUGCAUGGUGGUGGGAAAUGCGUUGCGAAAUGGGGGAGAAAUUGAGUGGUGGUACUACAUCAGUAUGCAUUAUUGCCUCUGAUGGUGAAUGGGAUUCGAGAUUGAGAAAGGCAGUCCUUGCAUGGCAAAGUUCAAGUUGAAUGGUUCCUGGUGCUUACGGUGCUACCUAGGAUCGGGACUGGGACUAGUAGUAAGGUCGAUAGACUGCAUUUCAUUGAUUUAUAUUGAUACAC